UCAUGGAAAUUCUUCUCCUUUUUUUCGGUAAAUCUUAAGAGUUCGUUAUAAACUGUUGAGAUCUGGGAAGAAGUCUUAGAUCCAUUUCAUCUGUGUUUAAUGCUUGAGUUUCUAAGGCUUCUUGUGUCUUUCUGAUGUAGGGUCGUUUUUUCUCUUUGUGAGAUUUCGACUUUAUGAAUCAGAUUUUGGAAGAAACUUGAAAGGGAAAGGUGAUAGUCUGAUUCAUUUUAUAGAUGAAAACAAUUGAUCUAGAAUAAUAGGUUUUCUUGACCUUAAAUCCAUACAUAGGUAUGUAUAUGAGAAAAAGAUUGAGGAUUUGUAUGCGUGUUGGCAAGACUGAUGGUGAGGGGUUAUGUGCAGAGCCCUGGUUUUAUAAGUUUGUAAAUUGCUGAUUUUGGAAAAAAUAUGGAUCUAGUAUUUAGCUGAAACGGGUUUUGAUUCGAUCUUUUCUGGAGUCCCUUUGUUUCAGUUUUGAUGAAUUUGAUGUUUUGAGAUCAAACAUUGGGAACUGUAAGUUGAUUGUUUAAUGUGUUGGGCUAAUUUGUUUGCUGGAUAAGUAAUAAUAGAAAUUGGAGAGAUCUGGAGACUCGUAUUGGGGAUUAAUGAUCAGUCUCUUAACUUUGGAUUGCAUUUGAAUAAAAAGAAAUACAGGUGUUGGGAGCCAAACAAUACAGCAAUAUAAGGAAAUUGAGUUGAAGAUAUAACCAACAAGAAAAGAUGCCUGCACAAAAGAUAGAAACAGGUCAUAACGAUGUUGUUCAUGAUGUAUCCAUGGAUUACUAUGGAAAACGUGUGGCAACAGCAUCAUCGGAUGCUACCAUAAAGAUAAUUGGUGUAGGCAACAACUCUACAUCUCAGCAUCUGGCUACUUUGAGUGGACAUCAAGGUCCAGUCUGGCAGGUAGCUUGGGCGCACCCCAAGUUCGGCUCAGCACUUGCUUCUUGUUCUUAUGAUGGUAAAGUUAUCAUCUGGAAAGAAGGUAAUCAGAACGAGUGGUCUCAAUUUCAAGUUUUCGACCACAAAUCAUCUGUCAAUUCCAUUGCAUGGGCGCCUCAUGAGCUGGGAUUCUGCUUGGCUUGUGGUUCUUCUGAUGGGAAUAUAUCUGUCUACACAGCUCAGUCAGAAGGUGGCUGGGACACUACAAAAAUCGACCAAGCUCACCCUGUAGGCGUUACCUCUGUUUCAUGGGCUCCUUCGAUGGCCCCUGGUGCUUUAGUUGGAUCAGGAGUGCUUGAACCCGUUCAAAAGCUGGCUUCUGGUGGUUGUGAUAAUACAGUGAAGGUGUGGAAGCUAUAUAAUGGUAACUGGAAAAUGGACUGUUUCCCUGCACUUCAAAUGCAUUCUGAUUGGGUGAGGGAUGUUGCUUGGGCUCCAAAUUUGGGGCUGCCAAAGUCCACUAUAGCAAGUGCUUCUCAGGAUGGUACAGUUGUGAUAUGGACCGUGGCGAAGGAAGGUGACCAGUGGGAGGGUAAAGUACUGAAGGACUUUAAGACUCCUGUUUGGAGAGUUUCAUGGUCCCUGACCGGAAACUUGCUGGCUGUGGCGUCUGGUGACAACAGCAUCACAUUGUGGAAAGAAGCCGUUGAUGGGGUGUGGCAAGAGGUCACCACAAUCGACCAAUAGAAUUCAGGUUCCUCUUAGUUAUCAAAUGAAGAGUACUCAUUUUGUUUGUUAUACAUUUUUUCACAUUCUUGAGGACCACUUUUUAUUUUUCCCUGUACUCUAAAUUCGUUGUAGUUGAUUCCUUUCUGUAUUGGAUGAUUCUGGUCUACAGGACAUAGGGAGUGAGAAAAUUGUGAUUUUCCUUGGCCCUUUUUCAGGUUUCUUAUGCUUUGUAGCCGAAACGUUCUUGAAAUUGUGUUCUUGAUAAGGUCUUUUUCUUUGUUUUUAAA